CGUGGGGGAGGGAGUGAAGGAGGAGCGCGCCCUCGCCGCGCCGUCUCGCGCCCUCGCGCUCUCUCCGGCAUCAUGGCGGGCGUGGAGGAGGCAGAGGCCUCCGGGAGCCACUUGAAUGGCGACCUGGACCCGGACGACCGGGAAGAGGGAGCUGCCUCUACGGCCGAGGAAGCAGCCAAGAAGAAGAAGCGGAAGAAGAAGAAGAGUAAAGGGGCUGGUGCAGGGCAGCAAGAACUUGAUAAGGAAUCAGGAGCCUCUGUGGACGAGGUUGCAAAACAGUUGGAAAGACAGGCACUGGAGGAGAAAGAAAGAGAUGACGACGAUGAAGAUGGAGAUGGUGAUGCAGAUGGAGCAACUGGAAAGAAGAAAAAGAAGAAGAAGAAGAAGAGAGGACCAAAAGUCCAGACGGACCCGCCCUCGGUGCCGAUCUGUGACUUGUACCCUAGUGGCGUGUUCCCGAAGGGGCAGGAGUGCGAGUACCCACCCACGCAAGACGGGCGAACAGCUGCUUGGAGAACUACAAGUGAAGAAAAGAAAGCAUUAGAUCAGGCUAGCGAAGAGAUUUGGAAUGAUUUUCGAGAAGCUGCGGAAGCACAUCGGCAAGUUAGAAAAUACGUUAUGAGUUGGAUCAAGCCUGGGAUGACAAUGAUAGAAAUCUGUGAGAAGCUGGAGGACUGUUCUCGCAAGCUUAUAAAAGAGAACGGCUUGAACGCGGGACUGGCGUUUCCGACUGGGUGUUCUCUCAAUAACUGUGCCGCUCACUACACGCCCAACGCAGGGGACACCACGGUGUUACAGUACGAUGACAUCUGUAAGAUCGACUUCGGAACGCAUAUAAGCGGUAGGAUAAUUGACUGUGCUUUUACUGUCACUUUUAAUCCCAAAUAUGAUAUAUUAUUAAAAGCUGUAAAAGAUGCCACUAAUACUGGAAUAAAGUGUGCUGGCAUCGACGUCCGUCUGUGUGAUGUGGGUGAGGCCAUCCAGGAAGUUAUGGAGUCCUAUGAAGUGGAAAUAGACGGGAAGACAUACCAAGUGAAGCCCAUCCGCAAUCUGAACGGACACUCAAUUGGGCCGUACAGAAUACACGCGGGGAAGACCGUGCCCAUCGUGAAGGGCGGCGAGGCCACGAGGAUGGAGGAAGGAGAAGUGUAUGCCAUUGAGACCUUCGGGAGCACAGGAAAGGGUGUUGUUCACGACGACAUGGAGUGUUCGCAUUACAUGAAAAAUUUUGAUGUUGGGCACGUGCCAAUAAGGCUCCCAAGAACAAAACACUUGUUAAACGUCAUCAAUGAGAACUUCGGCACCCUUGCCUUCUGCCGCCGAUGGCUGGAUCGCCUGGGAGAAAGUAAAUACUUGAUGGCGCUGAAGAACCUGUGUGACUUGGGCAUCGUAGACCCGUACCCACCACUGUGUGACAUUAAAGGGUCAUACACAGCGCAGUUCGAACACACUAUCCUGCUGCGUCCGACUUGUAAAGAAGUUGUCAGCAGAGGAGAUGACUAUUAAACUUAGUCCAAAGCCA